AUGUCUAUGGGAGCAUCAUACGAAGACUAUAGUACUCUCUUCUACACCAGGUCAAUUCCAGUGGAGCCUGCCGGACAAGCACAAUCUGGUUACACUAUUGCUUUGCUUCUGGUGAUUGCCUUAUCUGCUGCCUUAUUGACUGAUGUUAAGAGUCAGAGUAUCCGGUCAUAUUUCACCAAUGCUCUUAUUGCCAGUGCCUCUAUUGGAUACGGUGCAGUGGCUGUGUCCAACUAUGUAGGUGUCUAUGUUUAA